UCAGGUCCCCUUGACUGUCUCCUUCACAGUGGGCUCGCAGGCAGACACAGCUGAAUUUCAACCCGAGCUGGCCGCUGUCCUUGCAGUACGGGGGAGAAAACAGGGACCUUGCAAUGAUCUCGCUGGACUUUAGUUUCAAUAUUUUGACAAGGGACCUGUCAUAUUAUCUGGAAAAUCAAGUGAAAGUUGGACUGUUCGGUUCGGGAGUAGGACUGUCUCUGGUGCUGGGCUUUAGCGCAGCGUACACCUGCUACUAUUUGAUUUCAGUAGCGAAGAAGCCACAGCUCAUCUCAGGGGGUAAGAAGUUCUACCAGUUUCUGAGGGAGCAAUGUCCGGUGGUGUCAGAGACCUACUACCCCACCUUUUGGUGCUGGGAGAGCCGCAUCCAGACUCUGCUGAGACCCUUUGUCACAGCCAAACCUGGGGUGGUUUACAGAAAUGAGCUUAUUAAGGCAGCAGAUGGAGGACAGAUCUCUUUGGAUUGGUUUGACAACGACGACAGCCUCUCUCAUCCCGACCCCGCCACCAGGCCCACAGUCCUCCUUCUCCCCGGUCUGACCGGUACCAGCCGAGAGUCCUACAUCCUGCACAUGGUCCAACAGAGCCGGGAUCUGGGCUAUAGAUGCGUGGUAUUCAACAACAGAGGGGUUUCUGGGGAAACACUGCUGACCCCAAGGACCUACUGCGCAGCCAACACAGAGGAUCUGGAGACUGUUAUUGAGCACAUCCAGAGGACCAAUGAAGCUGCUCCAAUCAUGGCUGCUGGGGUGUCCAUGGGAGGGAUGAUGCUGGCCAAUUAUUUGGGGCGCAAGGGCCGGGAAACCUGCCUGAAGGGUGUUGUAGUCUUCUCAGCAGGCUGGGACGUAUUUGAAUGCACCGCCUCGCUGGAAAAACCCUUGGACCGUUUCCUCUUCAACUCCUACCUCACCAGCUGCCUACAAGCCUCUGUGCACAGACACAGGCCCGUGCUUGAAAAGUGUUACGACAUCGAUCAUGUCAUGAAGGCGAGGACCAUCCGAGAGUUUGACGAGAGGUUCACCUCCAUAAUGUUUGGUUAUCCCACCAAUGACGACUACUACCGUGAUGCCAGUCCUGUCCACAGGCUGAAAUCUGUACAGGUGCCAAUGCUGUGUCUCAACGCCGCUGACGAUGUCUUCUCUCCGUCUCAUGCCAUUCCAGUGGAGGCAGUGAAGCAGAAUCCCAACCUGGCCUUGCUUAUUACCUGUCACGGCGGCCAUAUUGGCUUCCUCGAGGGUCUGUGGCCUCGACAGAGCACUUACAUGGACCGGGUCUUUAAGCAGUUUGCAAAGGCGGUCAUCGAGCAAGGCAGCCGACUCCAAGACCUCUCCUGAUAAGAGAACUUAAUUAAGUGUUCCUCUAGUUUUACUUCCUCUCUCUGUCCUUUUCCCUUUCUUCUUUUUUUUCUUUCAUCUUUGUCGUCCAUCUUCCCACGCUGCAUUCCAUCCUUUAUUCCUUCCAUUUCUAACUCAUUCCUACGUUCCGUCGUCCCUUCCUUUGACCUUUUUCCCCUCUUUCAUCCUUGCCCUCCAUCCCUCCUUUCUGCAUUCCAUCCGUCGUUCAUUCCCUCCCUCUCUACCUAAUCCUAUUCUGCCUUUUUCCUUCCUUCUAUUGACCUUCUUUUAUCUUUGCCCUCCAUCCUUCCGUCCCAUUCUUCCUCCACAAGCAAAAAAAAGAAAUGAUUCUUUCUCAUCUGAAGGGCACAUCUUAUUGAAUGUGUUGCAUUCAUUUAUUUAUUCCAUAGUUAACAAGUCAUUGUAUGUAAUCAUGCUCUCAAUGGUAUGCUUAUUAAAAAAAACAAAACAAGCAUAGCUAUUCAUGUCACCGUUGAAAAGCUGAAUCUGUGCCCAUCUGGUUUAGUUGCAUUAGCUAGCUAAAAAAAAAAUCUUCGUUUACCUUGUGCAAUUAUUUUCUUUUGAAGUUAACACAAGUACUGCACAUGAGAAUCCAAUCAUCUUUAUUCAUGAAGCGUCCUUUAGUACAUAUAUCAGUAGGAUUUUAGCCCUCAGGGAUUUUCUUUAUUUACUCAUACUUCUUUCCUUCCUGUAUUAUAUUGUUUUGUCAAUCAUUCUCCUUCAGUUUUAUUUUACACAUUUAAAGGUUGAUGUUACUUAUCAGUUGACAUACAAUAGUUUCUUUUCUUUAAAAGGAAUAGUUCAACAUUUUGGGAAAUACGCUUGUUAGACGAGAAGAUUGAUACAACUUUCAUGUCUGUCAGCUGAAGUCCAUUAGCUUAGCUUAGCAUAAAGCAGGAAGCAGGGGGAAACAGCUAGUCUGGCUUUGUCCAAAAGUAAAAAAACUUCCUGCCAGAGCUUGUAGGUAGGUUUUUUCAGACAGAGCCACACUAGUUGUUUUUAAUCGCUUCCAUCUUUAUGCUAAGCUAAGCUCAGAUGACCAGCCACUUCAUAUUUAACUUUUACUCUUGGUAAGAAAGCGUAUAAGUGUAUUUCCUAAAAUAUUGGAACUAUUUCUUUCCUUAACCUUCUGCAUGCACUUUUAUUUUCACACAUUCUACCUUUUUACGUACACCAAAUAGUUCUACAAAUGUAUAAUAUGGAGAAUAAUUCAUUAAUGACAAGGAAUGUGAAAUUGCACUAUUUUAGUUGAAACUAUCAUGCCUCUAAUUCCUUAAUGCAACGCACUUCAUUUCAUUCGAUAUAUGAAAGUAUAUCCCAAAGGCUGAACAGAGGAGUAUGUGAAUUCCAUGAGGUUUUCUAUGUGAAGAUGUUGGUGGUUAAUUCUGUUAGUAAGUCUGUGGGUGCUAGAUACAGUAAUGUGAAUGGAGUAAUGCACAUAGAAAGACAGAGAGCGUAUACUGUAUGUUGGCUGUUCAAAGUGGUGGAUGCUGCUUUAUAAGAUGCAUAGUACCAUUAAUGGAACCUGGCCGUCAGUCUUUGUUUUUGUUGUUUUUGUUUCGCCAACAAUGAUCAAGCGGCUGGCUACCGUGUUUGAGUUGGCAUCGAUGAAACGAGGCAGACCUGACUGGCGGCCAGGCUUUUUCAGUAAUGCACUGCAUGAGGGAUUUUGACUUCCUGUUCCUGUGGAAUUUUGGUGUCUGUUUGUUCUGCCAAGUGUCCAUUGAGUAGCAUGUGUCUCAUCGGCGUCAUCAUGUCCUGAACCUUAACAUCACUUCGUAAUCUGUAGCACAAAGGACAUGUUUGUGUUUUUUUUUUUCAUAGGAUGCUGCAUUUCAUUUUGUAUACUACAUAAAAAAAUAUAAAAAAGAAACAUUCUGUUUAACGUGCAGCAAUAAGAUUUUAAAUUAAAGAAGUGUCUCUAUAGUAAAAGUACUAGUAUAUGCACAUUAUCAACAUGAGUGUAAUAUGCUGUAUUUAAUAAAUUAUUAAACAGAGUCUAGGUCCA